CUCAAAAUAUAAUCUUUUUAAAAUCUUGGAUCGUUUUGUAUCAUACCAUUGUCAUUAGCAUUCCUUUUCUUUGCUAGUCUUUUGUGUUGCUUGUUGGUGGUUGGUGAUAGAUAGAAAAGAGAAACAAGAAAGAAAGAGAGAGAGAAAAGCAGUAGAAAGAUGGUGAGAGCUUGUGUGCUACAAGGUUCAAUUCUGAAGAAGGUGGUAGAGGCCACAAAGGAUGUGGCAGCUGAGGGAGCCAACUUGGUUUUCUCCACUGUUGGCUUCUCCCUGAAAGCCACCAAUCCCUCAUUGGGAGCAAUAGUAGCCGUCGUCCUCCCCGCUGAUGCUUUCGACAGCUACCACGGUGUCUGCACCGUCUCCAUGAUCGUAGACCUCCACUGCAUGUCCCGGAUCUUUCAUGUAAGUUCCGAAGAUGACAUCAUCACCGUAGAAGAGUGUCCCGAACCAGAAGGUGUCUCCUUGGUCUUCCAAAACCCAAGGCAUGAUAAGACAUCUGAGUUUAGGAUGAAAGAGAUAAGUAUAGACAAAGAGUGGCUGCUGCAUCCGUUGCAUAUCCCUGAGGUGGAGCACCAUUCCAUUCUUGAGACGGAGAAUCUUGCCACUCUAAAGAUGCCUUCUCUUGUGUUUCAAAGAAUUUGCAGUGAACUUGCUGAUAUUGGGGACAGUGGUUCUGUCUUAGUUACCAUAAAGGUUACUGAGGAAGCAAUCAAGUUUAAAACCAAAGGGGAACUUGGGACUUCAAUUGUGACGUGCAGUCAGAAAUUUGAUGUCCAAAAGCCUGAGGAAUCAGUUGUGAUAGAGAUGAAUGAGCCUGUGCGCGUGAAAUUUUCAUUGAAGUUGAUAAAUUCUGUCACAAAAGCAGCGUCGUUGUCUGAUAGAGUCACUAUCAAUUUCUUAAGAGAGAUGCCUUCUGUGUUUGAGUACAAAAUUGCCCAGACUGGUUAUGCUCGCUUUUAUUUGCAUCCUAGCAAAGAACUCUAAACAGGACGAGGUUCAGGGGAAGACACAUCAAGAGUAGGUGUUCUGAUGGGACAUUUAAAUUCGAUUGUAGGAUUUGUUAUCUGAUGAGAUUUUAGAUUCUGUUGAAGGAUUUCUUAGAUCUUCUUUAAGAUAAGUUUGAUAUGUUUGAGCUAAUAAUUUGGAAUUCAGUAUUUGUUUUGUGGA